AUGGAUAGAAAGGAUUGUGAAUCUUUGCCAAAGAAAAGUUCACUUUGUGACAUUAGAGACGGUCCCUACAAUUUCACUGACAAUACAUUAAAUACCGUAGGUAGCUUAACAUCGACCAAGUGUAUAUCACUAGAAACUCGUAACGAAGAUUUAGAAAAAUCAAAAUGUGGUAGUGCAGACUCCUCAACUCCUAUUUUAUGCAAUUCGCUUGGCGGCAUCAAAGUAUUUCACGUUUCUUCUAGUAUCUUUGCCAAUUUAAACAUUUUGAAGCCGCUAGGAAAAGGCUCCUUUGCAAAAGUUUGGCUUGUACAAGACUCAAAAACUGGGCAACAAUUAGCAGCGAAAUUGCUUCAACCUCAAGCUUUCCCAAAUCCUGGAGUUGUUGCAAAAUUAUUUGCAAAAGAAAUAGCAAAUUUGGCUGCAAGCCAAUGUCUGGGCGUUGUAAAAUUUCAUCGUCUGAUUGUAGGUAAAGAGGGUAUACUUUUAUUGCAAGAAUAUGCAACUGCAGGAAAUUUAUGGCAACAUAAAGUUCCAGAUGUAUUUGGAGUAUUUAUUCAGAUUGUACAAGCAUUAUUGCAUUUGAGAGAUGUACAGGUCGUGCAUAGAGAUUUGAAACCUACAAAUAUAUUUAUGUGUAGCAAUGGAAGAUUGGUUAUAGGAGAUUUCGGUUGGUCUGAAAUGCUACAAAAUAUGAGAGAUGUGAAUACGCGUGGUUAUGUUAAUAAUGAUAAUCUGAGAUAUUACAAUGAGGUGAUUCAUAUUAUGGAAAAAUAUUUGAAUGUAAAAGUCGACACUUUGAAAGAAUCUGAUAAUGAAAAUAAAGGUCAGGAAUGGCCUGGCACAUUCGAAAUAAAUCCACCUGAAGUAUUGCUGAAUUGUGGCCCUUUCAAUGAAAAAAUUGAUAACUAUGCAUUGGGAAUGGUAUUUUUAAUGUUAUUAACAGGCAGAUUUAUUUGUAGGCCUAAGAAUAAAGAGGUUAAUGCAAUUGUUAAAGGUUUGAUGAGCACUUUGAAAACUUUAAGGACUCCCAAUCCACAUAGGAGUUUUAAAGUCUCAAAAGCUUCCUGGAACCUUUUCCUCGGAUUAACUGAUCCAGACACUAAUUCCAGAUUCGCACUUGAGGAUGUCCUUCAUCAUCCCUGGACUAGAAACAAAUUUUCAUAUUUCUGUCCCAACAAAUGGACCAUUUGGCAUCCUAAAGUCAGAUUUGCGUGGAUAAAUGCAGUUCCCCCUUUACCAAUGAAUGUACCUAUCAAUAAACUUAACGACGUUGAUACUGCAGUUGAUGAUUUUAAUGAAACUGCUAGAGUUGAUUCUGCCAGAUCCAUAACAUCAUCUGCAAUGGUUGAUUCGUCGAGAACGAUUGGUGCUUCUACAACAAUAGAUUGUGCUAGGGGCAUAUUGAAUAAAUCAAUUAGGACAUCCGCCAUGUAUGGCGCAGGGAGUGAUGUAACUUUAGAGAGGAAAUGUGUUUCUGAUUAUAAGAGUUUACGGGUUUUAUCAGAUUCAUCUUCUGGUUUUGAUGGUGAUGUACAUCGCAGUAAGAAUAGAGUUGUGGAUUCAACAAAACUUGUUGAACUUGAAUCACGUAUUGCGACAAUAUCUGCCAAUAAAUUAACAAAUGAUGAUGUAAAAUUGGUUAAUAGGCACGUGUGCCUGACGAGUCGUAUAUCCACACACAUUUUACAAGAUGACAAGUGUCAACAUAUAUCUACAUAUCGGACACCAUCUGUACAUUCAUUACAAUCUCAACAAUCAUUGAAUCAACCAGUAAUGCCUUUAAAACAAGCACUCAACCCCAAACCCUUGAAUAUUAAGGAGAAUAUGCCAAAUUUCGUCCCUUUCUGA